GAAAAAUGGAUGAUGAUGAUGAUGACAUUCCCCAGCUUUCAUCCCAUACGUUGGCUGCCCUCCAGGAGUUCUAUUUGGAACAGCAGCAGAGAGAGGGCAUGAAGACCUCCCAAGGGUUUAAUCAAUAUUCCAUUGGCUCAAUAGAAGAAGACUGGCAACUGAGCCAGUUUUGGUACAGUGAUGAAACUGCAUCGUGCCUGGCUAACGAAGCAGUUGUGGCAGCUGGAAAAGGUGGCAGGAUAGCAUGUGUUAGUGCACCAAGUGUGUACCAGAAACUGAAAGAACAGGAUGGUAAAGAUUUUUCAGUGUAUAUACUGGAGUACGACAGAAGGUUUUCUGUAUAUGGAGAGGAAUUUAUCUUCUAUGAUUACAACCACCCUUUGAACUUACCUGAAAAUCUCCUGCCACACAGUUUUGACAUCGUAAUAGCAGAUCCACCCUAUCUGUCUGAGGAAUGUCUUCAAAAAACUGCAGAGACCAUCAAAUACUUAACAAAAGGAAAGAUUCUGCUUUGCACAGGUGCCAUCAUGGAGGAACAGGCAGCAAAGCAUCUUGGUGUGAAGAUAUGCAAGUUUAUUCCAAAACACUCAAGAAACUUAGCCAAUGAAUUUCGAUGUUACGUGAACUAUGCUUCUGGACUGAACUGAUUCUGAUAAGAUGAUCUACAACUUUUUCAGUCAAGCUCCUUUCUGUUUUUUUUUUUUUUUUUUUUUUUGCCAGAAAAUAGAAAUAUUCAGCUCCAAGUACUGUUUUCUGGACUUGCUUUAAUCAACACAGUGUGACAGCCCCUCUCUUUUAAACGUGUAAGCAUUUGCAGUUACUGUGCUUUGUAUCUUACCUCUUAGGUAAAUGGGGACCAAACAAUGCAGGUGCUGGAUAAUGUGAACUUCUCUGUUAAGAGUUUCAUUCUAACUGUUAUUUUUUUACCAUUCAAGGACUCUUCAGUGACCUCUCUGAAGUGAUUUUAGCUGGUUGGCUUGUAACAACACAUCGGUGCUUGCCUUACAGACAUCAGAGUUGUCAUUGCAUCAUAACUGAUGACUUGGUAGCUACUGGAUGGUUGAAAGAGCAUGAACAGUGGUCUCCUUU